AUUUCAUGGCACGCGUUUGACGCAUUUGUUAAAAUUUUCGACUUUUCGUGACAGCACGUCAAUUUCGACAUUUGAUUGAUAAUUUUCUAAAGAUCCAUCAAAUUAGUUUGUUUGAAAGUUGGUUUGGGCGCUAAAUGUUAUUAUUUUGUUAAUUUAACUUUGCUACUAUGAUGUGAUCGUGAGGUGUCCAUUUUUGGUUGCGCGCUUCCAUUCCAUAAUGAGUGCUCUAAAGUGUGUGGUCGAAGGCUGUAAUUUAGAAUACGAUGUUAUCUGCAGCUUUUCCUUCUACAAUGCAAAUAUAUCGACUGACAAUGAAAACAAACGACAGGACUGGAUCGUCGGCGCUAUGGCGGAAGAGAGCGAGUGUCUUUGGAGACACGUCAGCCUACAGCUGUGCGGGUACCACUUCGAGUUGGACAACCAGGGUCUUUGGAUCGACUCGCCAAUGCUUCCAGAACUCCUUGCCCAUCAGGACAAGCCCACCAUCGCACAGAGUCCAGCCGACAAGAAAAGGCCUGGCAGGGGACCGUCCUAUCAAGGUUUAUUCGAAAAAUUCAUUGAAGGAGCCCCCAAAGUGGCUGAAAUAAUCCGUAUGGAGCACAACUACAGCGUUGAACCGGUGAAGGAGGCCCAGGAUAAUAUAUCCAGGCUGAAUGUCAGACAGCUGGUCGAUACCCUGGGAUACCUAUCCAUGAAGAAUCUCCAGCGCAAACAGCUCUGGGUCGUUAAGGUCGAGUCUGAUAAAGCUGAGGCCUCCAUCACGCAAUCAGAGCAAGUCAUCACCAAGAUGCCAGAUCCGAGACAGAUAAUAGAGAUAAUCCCGCAAACUUCAUCAUCAACAUCCCAAGCACAGAGUUCCGAAGUACUUCAAAUAAUGGAUGACAGUACUAUAUCAGACAAUUUCAUUUACGAAAUUGCUGAAGAGCAAGAAAUAACAAUGGAAGAGGUCAAAGAAAUACCAACAACGGGAACAGAAAACCCAGAAUGGACUGUCAACAUAUUACCAGAUGAUACCAAACCGAAAUACGCAUACAUCAAACACUGCGCUUCUGGCAAGAAGAAACGACACUUCACUUCAGAAAUGAACGAAAUCACACUACAAGGUGACUUUGAAAACUAUUACAUCCUACCAGACGUAGACCCGUCCGUCGGCGUCGAGAUCACGACAAGCUACGAACCAGAAAACUACAUAGUCGAGGAGUAUCAACAUUUAGUGCUAGACGAAAGACCCAAGAAAAGAUCGAAAGAGGAUUCAGGAAAGAAGAAAAAGAAACGGCUGUCGACGAAUCGGGAAAUCAAAGAGGAACCAGAUUGGGUCAUUGAAAAUAACAUCGCUUAUGAGCAGGAUGAAGAAUACGACGAUCCGAAGAAAGUCGCGUCGAGAGUCAGAAGAAAAAAUAAGAAAUAUUUAGGCUAUGAUUUUGUUACUUAAGUCCUUUAAUGUCGGUGUUUUAUCUUGCUGGUAGGUGGGUAGGUGUUGUUCUUAUUCUAUAGCUGUUCUACACCUGAGAAUUGUUCAAGGGUGUGUUGCGUCACGUCAGAGGUCUACGGGCGGUUUAAACUCUGACAACGUUGUCCCAGGAUAUAUAUAUAAUGGCCGAUGAGUGAAUGAAAAUUGCCUCAAAACGACACUUUUCGCAUUCUCUUAAGCAUUUUUCUACAUAAUAAUUGAAAAUUUAGUAUGGGACGGUACACUUAAUGUCAGUACAAUGAAUUUUCAAUUAUUGUGUUGGCAUAAUGCUUAGAGAAUAGUUUCAUUCAUUCAUCGGCCAUUAUAAAACAACAGAAUUGGGGCCUAAGUGUCAGAGUUGAAACCGCCCGUAGACCGCUGACGUGACGCAACACACCCUUGAACAAUUCUCAGGUGUGUCUUCCUCAAAUUUUUCUUUAACCUUUUUUUGGUAAGUGAUUUUUAUUUUCUGUAAUGUGUUAAAGAAUUUCAAUUGGUGCGUGGAUUUGAACCUUGAACCUUUGAAUUGGCAGUCCAAUGGUUAUAUCACAAGGCUCUAUCAUACUUUGUCUAUGUCAGUAUAAUAUUAUUAUGAAAUAUACAUAUAAACAGAGCUAAGAGUGUUUUUUGCAUUACGACUGGCAAUUGUUUCACAUAAAAGCAUGUUAAAACUCCAACUCCACCAACUCGUUUAAUAGUCUAUUUUAUUUAAUGUUUAUUAAUCAUUAGUUAAGUCGCACACAAAAAAUUUGCAAUGAUUUAUUAUAAUUUCAAAUAAUUUAGAUAUUUUUUAUAAAUAUCAAAUAAAAUAGACAAUUAUGUAAUUUUGUUUGUGUUACGUUAUAGUCUAAAUAUGAGCCUCUUACCGUAUAUGGUUUGGGUAUUCAUUUAAAAAUUAAAUAUGUGUUAAAUUACAGAAUUAAGUGUAGAAAAGAAAAUACCUACCUACCCUACUACUUAGCUUGAAAAAAAUCUAUUUAAACAUUCAUAUAUUUGCUUAGUUUAUUAUAAAUAGCUUAUUAUAUUGUUCAUAUGAGAUCAUGAUGAAAAUAUUGGCUGGACCACGUUAACAGCCUAUAGUAGUCCCACAGUUGGGCAUAAAAAGCAUGGAUCGAUUAUGACCUGCCCCACGGUGGGCGCCAAUACCGAAGCUGUUAUAACACCAGCCUGUAGCUGUCCCACUGCAGGCCUCUCAAACGAGCAUUCAUCACUAUGCUAAUCCCACAGUGGGCGCCCACAGCUGGGCUAAGAUCUCGAUUUUUUUUUGAAAUCAAGAUUAAAUGCCGACAUGAAAACUUUAAUAUAAGGUUUUGUUUUAAAUAUACGGAUUUUAAUUGCUUUGUUUUCAGUUCAACUUUAUAGUUAGAUGUUUGACUGUGGGUUAAAAUUAACUAUAGUAACGUUAGUUUAACGUAAAUCAGAAAAUACUGUAAAAAAUAUACCUUUAUGUAUCAUUUCCGCUUCAAAAUUUUCAUUUAAAGGACAUCCUUAGCUAUCAUGCUGUUUGUCAUUCUCAAGUAAACGGAUUAUGAUAGACAGACAUUUUGAAACGUCACUUUCAAAAUGCAAUAUUAAUAUAAACUAGAUACGCUAAGUAUCAAAGAUCUCAGUAUCACAAUAAAAAUGUUAGGCUUUCCAAAAUAAAAACAAGAAGGACGGACUUUUUUCAAUGAUUGACAAAAAAAAAAUAUUAGUCAAGUGUUUAACUCGCAAAAUGGAAGUUAUUUUUGCUUUCAAGUUUGAAAAUAAAACAUUGACAUGAUGCACUGGGCAUUUAUAUUGUCAGAUAUAAAAAAUAGUCCUAUUUAGAGUAAUAGAAGUAUAUGGAUUUUUAUGGGACUAGCCCGCCACACAUGCCCGUCAUUGCAACUCCUGUAAGCCUGGAUCUACAAUGAAACCAACGAAAACCACCGAAACACUUAAGUUCGGUGUGUCUCAAGGGAAACAAUUAUCUGCCUUCUAUUAAUUAAUUAAGUCACGUACAAAAUAUGGGCAAAGAUGUAAAGAUAAUUAAUCAAAUUUCGGUUAAAUUUAAGAAACCAUCUUUAUAUUUGCUUUAUAAAUCCUUCUAUACAUAUUAUUAUAUAAGGAAAUAUUUUGCAAUAAAUAAUACAUAUAAUAAAAAAAAUUAACCUCAAAAGGAUUCGAACCUGCAAAACUAGUUAGAUUAACACCAGUCGUUUGCGUGUCUCAAAAUUGAGUUGCAAAAAUCCAACCGGAACGACAAACAAACAAGAAAAGUGAGUGUAUAAAAACGUGGGAGAAGAUUUUCUUGUACAAAAGCUAAAUGCUGGGCAUAUACAAUGGCCAAUGGCAAUAAUUGGAAAUUCAUCUGUAUUGACCGCGAGUGUUCCGCAAAUUUCCAAUUAUUGUGUUGGAAAAACGCUUAAAAUAAUACGAAUACUGCUCAUUUAAUCCAAUUUCCAUUCAUUCAUCGGCCAUUGUAAAUAGCAGAAUUGGGGCCCUGUAUUGCUUAGACAAAUCGUUAUUUAUUCACAAUAGGGAUGAUGACAAUUUAUUUUCAGUCUCCUUUUUGCAGUUUAAUGCAUAAUAAUGGAAACGUAUUUUUUAUUUUGUCCCACAAACAUAAAUUGUCAAAAACAGUGACGUCACGAUUGAGUAUAAAUAUUACGAAGUCGUUACGUCAUAAUCGAAACUUUCACGCA